AUGGCAGCAACCGAAUCUUUUUCUUCCGCUCCUCUCUCUAUUUCUCAGAUUGUGACUCUAAAACUAACAGAGUCCAACUAUCUGCUAUGGAAGACUCAGUUUGAGUCCUUUCUCUCACCACAACUGCUGCUUGGCUAUGUCACUAGCGCAAUCACUCGACCGGAAGCUACUCGCUCUGUUACAGGUACUGCUGGAGUCACUGAAGAGCCAAAUCCGGAGUUUACUAAGUGGAUUCGUAAUGACCAGCUUGUCAUGGCAUGGAUCUUCGGUUCCUUGUCAGAACCAGCUCUGAGGAUGGUCUAUGGUAUGCAAUCUGCACAAGAGGUAUGGACUGCUCUUGCUAAAAAGUUUAAUAGGGUCUCAACCACUAGAAAGUUUGAACUUCAGAAUCGCUUGCGUGCUUGCAUUAAGAUAGGUAGAACCAUGGAACAAUAUCUUAGUGAACUUAAGCAAAUCUUUGAUCAGCUUGAUUCCAUUGGAUUUCCUAUGACCGACUUGGAAAAAAUUCAUGGUUUAUUGUCGGGUUUGGGAAAGAAAUAUGAAUCUGUCUCUACGGUCAUAGAACACUCUAUGGAUUCUGUUCCUGGUCCGUGUUAUGAGGAUGUUGUGUUCAAAGUCACAGCCUUUGAUGAUAAGCUCAAAACUUAUUCAUCAGCUUCUGCUGUUACUCCUCAUCUCGCGUCAAGCUGA